AUGAGUUCGCCAAUUGUACUUGAUCAAGGAACUGGAUUUGUGAAAAUUGGUAGAGCGGGUACCAAUUUUCCUGAUUACACUUUCCCAUCUAUGGUGGGAAGGCCAAUAUUGCGAGCAGAAGAACGCAAUCUCUUAGUUCCGGAUGAUAUUGAAAUCAAAGACGUAAUGUGUGGAUCAGAAGCCAGUCAGGUGAGAUCUUUACUUCAAAUAAAUUACCCAAUGGAAAAUGGUAUUAUAAAGAAUUGGGAAGAUAUGGAGCACUUGUGGGAUUAUGCCUUUUAUGAGAAAAUGAAAUUGAAUCCACAAGGACAAAAGAUAUUAUUAACUGAACCACCAAUGAAUCCGUUAAAGAAUAGAGAAACCAUGUGUCAGGUGAUGUUUGAGAAAUACGGAUUUGGCGGAGUUUACGUUGCAAUUCAAGCGGUGUUGGCGUUAUACGCGCAAGGAUUGAGUUCGGGAGUUGUUGUUGACUCAGGUGACGGUGUGACCCAUAUAGUCCCCGUAUACGAAUCUGUUGUGUUGAACCAUCUUACAAAAAGAUUAGAUGUUGCCGGAAGAGAUGUUACUAGACAUUUGAUUAAUUUGCUUUUCCGCCGUGGUUAUGCAUUUAACAGAACUGCCGAUUUCGAAACAGUGCGUCAAAUCAAGGAAAAGCUAUGUUAUGUCAGUUAUGAUUUAGAGUUUGAUUCAAAAUUGGCAACGGAAACUACAACCUUGGUUGAGUCGUAUGAGUUACCAGAUGGUCGUGUUAUCAAGGUGGGCAGUGAGAGAUUUGAAGCACCAGAAUGUCUCUUUCAACCACACUUGGUUGAUGUUGAGCAACCCGGUGUUGGUGAAACAUUGUUCAACACUAUCCAGUCGGCUGAUGUUGAUGUAAGAUCUUCCUUAUUUAAAGCGAUUGUUUUGUCUGGUGGCUCUUCAAUGUAUCCUGGCUUGCCAUCAAGGUUGGAAAAGGAGCUCAAGCAAUUGUGGUUGACCAAGGUUUUACGUGGUGAUGCAACCAGAUUAGAUAAGUUUAAAGUUAGGAUAGAAGAUCCACCAAGAAGAAAAAACAUGGUUUUUAUUGGGGGUGCAGUUUUGGCCAAUAUCAUGGCCGACAAAGAUCACAUGUGGAUCUCAAAACAAGAGUGGGAAGAGCAAGGACCUAGAGUUUUGCAAAAGUUGGGGCCUAGAUAA